AUGCAGAAGGUAAACGUACAAACCCUCAGCGCAAAAUUCUACCACUUUUUGACUUGGGUGUACGCGACUCAUACAAAGUUUAGAGAAGGGGUAGAGGCAGGACGACUACUACUACGUGGUAAAUUUGCUGAACACCGUGAGAUGCGUGUAAAACGGUGCAAUGCACAGGCAGUUAAGGAACCGAACACUCCAACGCCACAAACCAGUUCUUACAGCGUAAUAUUGGUGAGCAUAAGAGGUACACAAUGGCCCGAAAUUGCACUUCAUAUGUCCGAAACCCCGAGUAGCUUAUCGGUGCCGGCGAUACGUGUCAUCAAGCCCCAAACCUCAGACACCCAGCUGCAACGCUAA